AUGGUGACACGAAGUACUUCCAAUUCACCUGGAUUUCAUUCUAUUGAGCUACAAAGACGAAGACCGAAUUCUGUAGCUGUUGCAGGAGCACUUGAAACGCUCGUUCGUAGUAUUCAUGCCCAACAAAAGAGCUCAUCAUGUAGUGAAAGGAAAGAAUUGGAAGAUGCUGUGGCUGAUACAAAAGUCGGUGAUUUGUCCGCAGGUGCAUUGCCCAACGCAACGGCCAAAACGCAGCUUCACGUCGAAUCACGAAAGCCUUCUGAUAAGGUUGCUUCGGAUGUAUCUACGACAUCAGCGAAACGCAAAGAGUCAGCAAUUCUUCAGCAGGACGCCAUUAAUUACAAAGAAGUGCUAGAAGUAGAAGAAGCAGUGACAUGUUCAAAGCCAGAUUCAGAUUACAAUCUUAUAAUUGUGAGUUGGGAAUCGGUUCGGCAACGAUUCUAUGAUAUGAUGACUGGAGACGAGUGCCCCGAUCUCGAUUUACUUGGUCGUUACCAACAACAAAUUUACUUUUUCCAAUAUUCACUUGACGAAAAGGUUCUUGAAGAGUGGACCGGCAAGAAGGCCGUGGCCGAGGUUUUUACUUUGCCAGAGUUUGAAGGCAUUCAGUGCUUCAUGGAGGCGUAUCCUCCCCACAACCUCUUUGUCGCGGUUGACAAAGGACUUUCGAAAUCAGGCGUGGAAAUGCAUUCGGUUGCUGUGAGCACUGACGACUUCAAUAAUCCGCCAAUUACUCGUACUCUCUCCGAUCCCUUCGAUCUCUUGGAGUUCAGUUAUGAUGCAAAUGAGGUUCUCAUACCUACUCCUGUUCAUCCCGUCAUCUCGGGCCAUAGUGGUUCAGAGGAAUGCACGCAAGACAUUGAUGCCCAGGUAUUGGUGCCGAAGCCGGUUUUACAGAAUGAUAUUACUCAGUCUUCUGAUGAUCCUAUGCCAUGCAGUAGUGUGGAACCACAUUCAUCGACAAUCCAGGAUGAUGUUAAGUGUGCAAUCGAAGCACAGCUGAACAGUUCCGGUAGUACUGAGCAUAGCAGUGAAUUGUUGAAGUACAAUGCUGUACCCAAGACUUCCGCUGUUGCUCCGGAACCAUCCGAUCUUCCAGAUCCAAGCACUGUGUUUAAUGAUAUGUCUCUUAAUGAGUUCAUUCCAACUCUCAAUAGUCUUUCACAUUAUUCAGCAUCGUCUGCAACCCUUUGCGCGACAGAAUCCGGUCGUCGCAUGAACAGUAAUAACGAACUUCCUAGCUCGGCAGCAUCAGAGAGCCAACUGAAGGAAGACCUGCUCGUUCAGUUGGGGUCAGGAAAUGGAACCCCGAAAAACUAUCAUCCUGAUGGAGCCGCCUUUUUGUUGACUCCUGAUAUGUCUCCUGUGGAAGAUUCAUCUGUUCGAGUUCAGUCAAUGAUAGGAUUUUCACCAAACUUAUUGGAUAAUCCGUCACAUUCGCAUCAAGACAACGCUACGAGAAAUUCUUCAUCGGAUGAUAGUAAACAAGGGGUGCUGCUGUGUGGAACAUCACGAGCUCCAUUGGAUGUGAAACAAAGUCUGCCAGGAAAUUCAAUGUCGCCGGAAGCUACGGAUUCCAUGGACACAGGCCUACCUGAUGCUGAAACACCGAAUGGUUUGGAUCCAUCACUGAAGCUGCUAAUGCAAGCUGGGAUAUAUCCACGCGAGAUGCUAGAGAAGGCACCUGCAACAUCUGUGUGGAACAUCACGAGCUCCAUUGGAUGCCUACCUGAUGCUGAAACACCGAAUGGUUUGGAUCCAUCACUGAAGCUGCUAAUGCAAGCUGGGAUAUAUCCACGCGAGAUGCUAGAGAAGGCACCUGCAACAUCUGAGCUAAAUGUAGACGCCUCGGUGGAAUCACAGCAGUCGCAGGCGCAAUCAGAUGGUGGAUGCCCUAAAACUGCAAGUGCGUCCCAGAACAGUCAAGCGAAGGAGAACAGCUUUGAAGGAACAAAGAGCAUACUAGAUGACCUCAAGUUUCCUGACAUCAAUGGGGAAGCCAUUAGAUAUCUCACUCGCAUUCGUCAAGAAGUUUUUGAAAGCCAUGAACGUCGUGGAAUAAUUCCGAGGUUGGAAAAUAUCCUGGCAUCCCUGAAUGAACCAUUAUCACCGGAGUGGAUCGAUUAUGUCCUGUGCUACAUACCCGACGUAAGCGUCAUGCCAGUUGAUGGACAGGUAUUUGUCGCUUGGAAAGGCAAACCAUGCACUUAA